AUGACAAAAUAUAUUAUCCGUGAAAUGCAAUUGAAAGACACCGAUAGUGUCCGCCAAUUGUGGACAGAUAUCAAGUUUGUCAAUGCUUUCAAAUGGUCGCCAGAAUUAUACCAUAAAGUGUUUGACUGUGGAGUUAUGGUAGUUGACAAUCAAAGCACUGGCAAAAUUAUCGGUGCUUGUGUUGGCGUUAAUGUGUCGAAAAAAUUAGGAUUUAUUGGCGGAUAUGGUGUACUUCCAGAAUAUAGAGGACAGGGAAUCGGACAGUCACUCUGGAACAGGACUAUGGCUAAUAUGGGCGAUAGAAAUGUAGGCCUGUUUGCUGUCAGCGAUACAAUGGGAAAUAUAUACAAAACAAAAUGCGAGUUCAGUGUUGUACCCAAUAGAAGGCUCAUACAUAUGACCGGCAAAAUUCUAGUCACCGAUGAUGUAGUCAAACAUAUUGAUGGCAUUACUUUAUGUCCACUUAAUGAAGAAGUGCUAACAAAAGUUGCCAAAUAUGAUACAGAAGUCACCGAAGGAUUAGAUCGUAAAGACUAUAUUGAAGAGCUAUGCAAAAGUCCUGAUACAUGGAAUCUGGUGGCCAUUAAUGAGAACCGGGAUGUCGUCGGCUAUUGUGUACUAUAUAUUACUGUGACUGAGCUAACAAUGUGUGGACCAGUCAAUGCUGUCUUCUGUUACCUCAAGAACGGAAAGAAAACUUUCUGUACUAUACGUGGAAUACAAACCAAAAGUCUAUUAGUAUUGCAAAGAGAUUGGGACUCGACUUUCAUUGGGAAAGACCUACUCUUUUCAACAAAGAGGACAUUUAUGGUCAGUCAGAAAAGCAAUACUGUGUGUCCAACGUAUAUGUUCAUCCAUUUUGAUUUUUAUAAUUAA